CCCUUUGCAAAUCAAUAAUUCGGGCCAAACAAGGAUGGAAUUGAUGUCUACAAAUUUGGGCAGGCCUAUCACUAAUUCUAAUGAGUCUAUUUCAGAGCCAAGUGGAGAAACAGGGCCAAAAACACCAACUGAAUUGAAUUCUACUAGAAAAAGAAAAACAACUCUUCAAGAGGAAACAAAAGAAGCUCUCCCCGCUAAUGGAAACAUGGGAGGUGAAGGUGAUGAUAAUGCAAGAACAAAGAGAUGUAAACAAGAAGUAGAAGGUAAUGAGACAGAAAAUGGAGCAGUUAACAUGGAGGAAUCAAAGGGAAAUAAUGAAGGUCAUGAAACUCAAAAUCAAAAGCCUCCUAUGCGACCAAAGGACUAUAUUCAUGUUAGAGCAAGGAAAGGACAAGCUACGGAUAGCCAUAGUCUAUCAGUGAAAUUAUCAGCACAAUAUUCCCCCAGAAAAAAGAUCACAGCACAACAAAGAUUGUGUAUUUCCAAUCAAUAACAGUACAUCGCUCAAAUACCCCAAAAAUAAAAUUAAAAUCAAUUAAUCUACCAGUAAAGGAACUUACGAUGA